AUGAGCUUCUUUCUGCUGUUCUCAUCAUGGUUGUUGGUCGUUCUCAAACCUGGGCACGCUCAGGAGAUGCUGGCAAAUGCAAAGUGUAACGAUUAUCCGGAUCGAGGAACAUGUGAGGAUCGCGGCUUCACCGUCAAAUGGUACUACGAUCGGUUUUCGCAUAGGUGCCGAGAAUUUUAUUAUGGCGGAUGCGGUGGUAACAACAAUCGCUUUGAUAGUUUCGAAGAUUGUACAAAUGAAUGUCAUUUUGAAGUUGGCAUUGAUAUGAUUGCUGAUAUACGCUGUCAUUUACCGCACGAUCCGGGCAAUUGUUGGGGUGAUUUCCAACGAUGGUCAUUCGAUUCAAAUCUUAAAAAAUGUGUUUGUAGUACGUGGUCAGGAUGUGGUGGAAAUGCGAAUCGCUUCUAUUCCUACGAACACUGCAUGUCAAUCUGUGGUAGGUUCACCAAUCGUGAUGCUAGUAAUACUUCACCAUCUCCAGAACAGCUGCGAACUGCACACAACAUAUUUUCGGAGAUGAACAAGCAGAGAAGGCGAUUCUUCACAGCAGCUCCAGUACAGGUGAUCCCCAUUAGCUAUAGAAAUUUGUUCGUGAACGGAAAUGGUAACCAAACUUAUGAAUCAGGUCGUACUAUCUUCACAGGGUUACCACCAGCAGCUAUUUAUACGCGUAUAUUGCCAUCAUCGUCGACACGUCGGGUUUGGCACAUUCGAGGUGAUGCUCAAGUGCUUCCAAAUGGAACUUUGUCAACGAAAGAACUUUUUCGUAUUCAGCAAGUUCUACGCAAUAACCAACUUCGAAGUCAAAACGAGAACGCUGUUCCGCAUUACCGUUCACCGCGAACCAAAGCGACCAAUAAACGUGUAUCAGCAGAUCGAAUGACUUCAUCGCCGUCAUCAUCAGCAGCAGUCUUGUCUUCAUCGUCGCAGACUUCCAAUGACGGCAGUUUAACUGACCAACAACGGGCACAUCUGGAGCAAAGAAAAUGGAGACAUUACACUCAGGAACAGGCGCGAAUUCGUGAAGAAAACUACCGACGACAGUUGGAAGCAAUCCGAAAUCGACAAGAAGCUUUGAAUUUGUAUCGUUACAAUCAACAAUAUCCUGUUCGAGGUAGAUCUCAUACUCCUCUUUCGAGCACUAGUUCAGGUUCGAGUCGUCCUCAAAAUCAACCAUCACAAGAGCGAAACAUCGAUACUCCUACCAAACAAAAGUACUCGUCUUCGGUGCAACUGUUGUUACGCACUCAGCCGUACCAAGAGGACAAUCGCACUCCAAAACUAAGAGCACGUUAUGAAUCGCCAAUACCAUCUGAUGACAGGGAAUCCGGUAGAAAUGUGUUGGACUCUGAAGUUGCAAGACAUUCCAACAUGCAGACGGAAUCAAUCGGAAAAUCAGAGCAACACUUUCGUCAAACUCAAAGUACCGAUAUAACGAAUGAAACCCCUCGCCGUGCGGAACCACAAGCCAAUCAGGAACGUCCGCAGGGAACUGCACAAGUGAUGGGCAGUAAUUCAGCAUUACAUUCAACAUCAUACGACGAUCGUCAGUUGGAAUACUAUCGUCAGUUACAGGAACAUCGUCGACGUUAUUUGGAACAGAUUCGAGAGAGGCAAUUGAGGGAACGUGAAGCAGAGUUACGUCGUCGUGAAUAUCUGAUUCGAACUCAAUCGAUGAGCGAGAAGGCACGAGCUUUGGCUUUGGAACGUUUGAAACAACAGCGGCAAAUUGAAUUACAGUCAUCUGCUGCAUCAUCUGCAUCUGCAUCUUCAUCGUUGCCAUCUUCACAGUUUGCUGUCGACAAGCAACAAUCACAUUCAGAGUCGCACAUCAACACACUAUCCCAUCACCCGAAAGCACAGUCCAUUCAGGCUUCUCAUCAGCAACCCAAACCACUCAGUCAGCAAGAACAAUUCCAACCUCAACGUGAAACUUCAACGAGCAAUCAUUUAGGCCGUCAGCAAUCGGCAUAUGGCAAGAACAUUGGCUCAUGGUUGGACAGCGAUAGCCAACGAUCUUACUUGAAGCAACAUAUUCAUGUACAUCAACCCUUACCGACAACAACACCACCACCACCGCCAACAACAACAACAACAACGACAACGACAGCAAUACCUACAACCACUAAGAUGUCCACCCCAAUG